AAUGCUUCUACUAAGCACCUCGUGUGUGUUCUUUGGUCUAGCUGCUCUGUGGCGUGGGUAACCAUGCCGUGUGGUCUGAUAAACACAGUGAAGGUAUAUGAAUGGAGCCUGACAUUUGUGCUCUGCUGUGUGCCUGCACUAACUGCCUACAGUCCAACUACACGUGUGAAACAGAUGGCGCCUGCAUGGUCUCCAUUUUCAACCUGGAUGGGAUGGAGCACCAUGUGCGUACCUGCAUCCCCAAAGUGGAGUUGGUCCCCGCUGGGAAGCCCUUCUACUGCCUGAGUUCAGAAGAUCUACGUAACACCCAUUGCUGCUACACUGACUUCUGCAACAAGAUCGACUUGAGGGUGCCCAGUGGUCACCUCAAGGAGCCUGAGCACCCUUCCAUGUGGGGCCCUGUGGAACUGGUAGGCAUCAUUGCCGGCCCUGUGUUUCUCCUGUUUCUCAUCAUCAUCAUUGUUUUCCUUGUCAUUAACUAUCAUCAGCGAGUCUAUCACAACCGCCAGAGACUAGACAUGGAAGAUCCCUCGUGUGAAAUGUGUCUCUCCAAAGACAAGACGCUCCAGGAUCUCGUCUACGAUCUCUCCACAUCAGGGUCUGGCUCAGGAUUACCGCUUUUUGUUCAGCGCACGGUGGCUCGCACCAUCGUUCUACAGGAGAUAAUAGGCAAGGGCCGCUUUGGGGAAGUGUGGCGUGGCCGCUGGAGAGGUGGUGAUGUGGCGGUGAAAAUUUUCUCUUCUCGUGAAGAACGGUCUUGGUUCCGGGAGGCAGAGAUAUAUCAGACAGUCAUGCUGCGCCAUGAAAACAUCCUUGGUUUUAUUGCCGCUGAUAAUAAAGAUAAUGGCACCUGGACACAACUGUGGCUUGUCUCUGACUAUCAUGAGCACGGCUCCCUGUUUGAUUAUCUUAACCGGUACACAGUGACCAUUGAGGGAAUGAUCAAGCUGGCCUUGUCUGCUGCUAGUGGCCUGGCACACCUGCACAUGGAGAUUGUGGGUACACAAGGGAAGCCUGGCAUUGCUCAUCGAGACUUGAAGUCAAAGAACAUCCUGGUGAAGAAAAAUGGCAUGUGCGCCAUCGCAGACCUGGGCCUGGCUGUUCGUCAUGAUGCGGUCACUGAUACCAUUGACAUUGCACCAAAUCAGAGGGUGGGAACCAAACGAUACAUGGCCCCUGAAGUACUUGAUGAAACCAUAAAUAUGAAACACUUUGACUCCUUUAAAUGUGCUGAUAUAUAUGCCCUCGGGCUUGUAUAUUGGGAGAUUGCUCGAAGAUGCAAUUCUGGAGGAGUCCAUGAAGAGUAUCAGCUGCCAUAUUAUGACUUAGUGCCCUCUGACCCUUCCAUUGAGGAAAUGCGGAAGGUUGUCUGUGACCAGAAGCUACGUCCCAACAUCCCCAAUUGGUGGCAAAGUUAUGAGGCAUUACGGGUGAUGGGGAAGAUGAUGCGAGAGUGUUGGUAUGCCAACGGUGCAGCCCGCCUGACUGCUCUGCGCAUUAAGAAGACUCUGUCACAGCUCAGCGUGCAAGAAGACGUGAAGAUUUAACCCUACUCCCCGCCCUACACGCAACUCUGGGCAGCGAGAACUACACAGAGAGCUGCCGUGCUGAGGGUGCAACAGAGGCCUACCUCUCAUUUCUGCCCAGCCCUCUGUGGCAGGACCCCUGGCCCACAAGAGAGACAGAGCCCGGGAGAGUCACUCACUCCCUUGUUGGGUUUGAGACACAAACACCUUUUCUAUUUACCUCCUAAUGGCAUGGAAACUGAAAGCAAGUUGUGUGGGGAACUCAAUGCCACGACUCGAGCUGGUUGGAAGGGGGAGCCCCGCACACCCUGGUGCACCUGGCAUACAGUCGGGAGCUGGUGAAAGGGGCAGCCUGGGAGGGACUGGAAGGAGCUGAGUUGUCACCAGUGCUAAACAGCACUGAGGGGUUUCCUUCAGGGACCAACCCACAGCACACUGAGGCGACCUAAAGGGCCAGAGGGCAGCCCCAUUCGCAGGCAGUUCUGAGCCAAGUGCCCCCUCCUCCCU